CAUUUCAUUUCACUAAAAAUAAAAAUAAAAAAUAAAUAAAGACACUUGCUUCUCGCCGUCGCGGCCUCUGCAUCUUCUAGGUCUUGGCAGUUAGCAGUUAGCGCUUAGCACACUCUCUUUUGAUUCAAAGCUACGCCUUUUACCGUCUUCUUCUCUCGCCACCGCCGCCGCCGCCGCCGCCGCCAUGUCUCAGGUGGAUAAUAGAAACUCCUCAGCGGCCAAGCGGGCCAGAACUGAUGGCAGUCGCAGGGAAGAUGAUUGGACCUGCCCUAGCUGUGGCAAUGUAAAUUUUUCAUUUCGGACUACUUGUAACAUGCGCAAUUGCACUCAACCGAGACCAGCUGAUCAUAACUCAAAAUCUCUAGCCAAGCCUGUGCAAGCACCUCAGAACUACUCAUCAACGGCACCUUAUUUCGGUUCAGGCGCACCCUCUUCAAUGUAUUUGGGUGUUCCUCCUUAUGGUUCUUCCCUCUUCAAUGGAUCUUCUGUUCCUCCUCCAUAUGAUGUUCCUUUCUCUGGUGGCUCAGCCUAUCAUUACAGUUAUGGCAGCCGUCUCCCUGGUGGCAGUCCUUAUCGACCACUGCACAUGCCUGGACCACCACCCCCUUAUUCCGGUGGAUCCAUCAUUGGAAAUGGAGGAAUGUAUGGGAUCCCACCAUUGAUAGACCGCUACGGCUUGGGUUUGCCACUGGGCCCUCCGCCAAUGGGACCAAGACCAACAUUUUUUCCAGAUGAUAAAUCUCAGAAAAAAGACACAACACGUGAUAAUGACUGGACAUGCCCAAAAUGUGGAAAUGUCAACUUCUCUUUCAGAACUGUUUGUAACAUGAGGAAGUGUAAUACACCAAAGCCUGUAUCACAGCCUGCUAAAUCAGACAAAAAUUCCAAGCAAAAGAUGCCCGAGGGUAGCUGGAAGUGCGAGAAAUGUAACAACAUAAACUAUCCAUUCAGGACCAAGUGCAACCGGCAGAAUUGUGGAGCUGACAAACCUGCUGAGACAAAGAAGUCUCCUUCUCCAACUGCAAACGAAAGUGAUCAGUGAGUACUAGGACAUGUUUGAGGGUUGAGAAGUCCAGAGUUGUCGUCCAGCAUUGCUCAAUAUGGGUGUCUGAAAGUCAGUCUUGUCGUCCUCAUGUUGCAGCGGUUGUCAAGUUACUCUACCGUCUCAUGAUCAGUGUCCAGUUGUACUAAUUCUAUGGUACUUAUGGUCUUAAUGGAACCUUGGUGCAUUAUGUGUCAACCACCUUAAUCUGGAAAAUAUUUUACAGGUUGGUUUUGGUUUCUAUCAGUUAGGUUUUAUACUUUUGGAAUCAACUCAUCUUUUCUAGUGGGUAUGUUAUCUUGGACUUUAGAUAUGUUGGUAGUGGCAGGAUGAUACGCACUUUUUUCUGGUUUUGAUAUGGUUUUGUAAUGCUUUGUUGAGGUAACCAUAAAAGCUUCUUUUAGAAACAAGCGUAAUAUCCAAUUUCCUCAUUUAAUUAGUAUCUCCAGCAAGAAAAUGUCAGAUUAGAGAUUGCGUCUAGCUAUUUAUAGAAGUUGCCUGUAGGUUAUAAUUACCAUUUUCUGACGCUGUUGCCUGAUGGAUCUAUUCCUGUGAUUGCCAAGGAUUCACUAGAUUGCUCAAAGAUUAGCAUGCAACCAGGUAACUUAUCAUAGAAAUAUUUGCUCUGAAUGUACCUCCUAUCAUUGCAUCGUUUUGGUCCGUUAAUCUAUUAAGCAUGUACUCUUUUCUAUUAACUUAGGGUACAAUUUGCAUUCCCAUGGCAACUCGAGAAAACGUCAUGUCCUGUUAGGUUCAUGAAUGAUGCCUGUCUGUUUGAGGACCUGUUUAGAUAAGUUAGAUAUAGCGAGUCUCGUAGGAUGUUAUGAUGCCUUUUUGGAAGUAAUGCUGAUUAUGAGGAACUACUACAAUCUACAGAUCCUCAUAAAAAAUUAGUCAGAGUCAGUUUACAUGCAUGGCCGUUUUGUUCAAGUGGUGUUGCUGGUGGUUGGCCUUUAGUCAUUGUUUUGGCUAACAGCUGCCUCGGGUUCUUUUUUCUUG